AUGGCUGCCCCGAAGAACUUGUCUUUUGUCCUCGAGAGUGUCAAAAAGGUCAAAUUCGAAGACCGCCCCCUCCCAGCCAUCAAGCACCCCCACGAUGUCAUGAUCAACGUGAAAUACACUGGCAUCUGCGGUAGCGAUGUCCACUACUGGGACCACGGCGUCAUUGGCCCCUUCACCCUCAAGGAGCCCAUGGUCCUCGGCCACGAGUCCAGCGGCAUAAUCACCUCCGUCGGCCCAGCCGUAAGAUCCCUCAAGCCCGGUGACCGCGUCGCUCUCGAGCCGGGAAUACCAUGUCGGCGAUGUGACCCUUGCAAGAGCGGCACAUACAAUCUGUGCGACGACAUGGCCUUUGCAGCGACGCCGCCGUAUGACGGCACGCUGGCAAAGUACUAUGUGUUGCCCGAGGACUUUUGCUAUAAGAUUCCAGAGGGGAUGAGUCUACAAGAAGCUGCGCUGAUGGAGCCGUUGGGCGUUGCGGUGCACGUUACCAGGCGAGGCGGGGUGAGGGCGGGCGAUCAGGUGGUUGUGUUUGGCGCCGGGCCCGUGGGCUUGUUAUGCUGCGCUGUGGCGCGGGCGUUUUGUGCGUCCAAGGUCAUUGCGGUGGAUAUUCAGCAAGAGCGAUUGGAAUUUGCGAAAAAGUAUGCUGCAACGGGGACAUUCCAGCCAGCAUCGGUCUCGGCCGUGGAAAAUGCGACAAGGUUGAAAGAACUGCAUGGCCUGGGCCAGGGAGCUGAUGUUGUGCUUGACGCAUCCGGCGCAGAGGCUUCGGCUCACACGGGGAUUCACGCUCUGCGACGCGGCGGCACAUACGUGCAGGGCGGGAUGGGGCGCGCAGAGUUCAGCGUCCCGAUGAUGGCUGUGUGUACGGGAGAGAUAAAUGUAAAAGGAAGCUUCCGAUAUGGCAGUGGCGAUUAUAAACUCGCCUUGGAGCUUGUUGCAUCUGGGAAAAUUCGGGUGAAAGAGUUGAUAACCAAGAUCGUCGAUUUCACCGACGCCGAACAGGCAUUUCUGGAGGUUAAAGCCGGCAAGGGGAUUAAAACAUUGAUCGCUGGAGUGGAAGAUUAG